UGAUUUGAAACACUGUCUCAUUUUUGUUGGAGGUAAUCAGAAAAUAGCAACAUUUCUCUUCAAUCGUCUCUUAGGGUUUAGCCAUGGAUUCGAGAUCUGAGCUGAGAAAGAGCUUUAAGAGCUUCAAUGGAAGAAUGAUAGUCGUGAUUCUAGCAUCUCUCUGUUUGCUGACUGCAACCUCCUCACUCGUCCUCCUCGCGUCGUCGUCGUCGUUAGGUAAUGAAGAUCAAGUCGAGAGUUCUUCUGAGGAGCAAGAGAACCAACUUGUUCCUUAUUUGGGUCUUGGAACGUGGAUAGGAGGAGGGGCUCAACCAUCGAAUGAUGAAUUACCAGAAGAUGUGAAGUUGGAGGACCAGCUUACUAAUGACAUCUGCAGAAAUGAUGACCCGCUGUUGUAUCUCCUUGUGCCAUCAUAUGCAAAAGAUUGUGCUAAGCCUAUGGAGAAGAUGCAGAACAAUCUGGCCUUGCAUCAUAAACUUGGAACACAACUCGCCAACCCAUCAUUGGAGGAAGAAGGUUCGGCCAAUACUGACCAACAACAGCAGAGAGUUCUUGAUACUAUUAGAGGCAUGGGCCAAGUGCUGGCUGGAGGAAGCAACCAGCUAUGUGAUUGCAAGAUGAUUACAGACAUGUUGGGAACAAUGCUACAAACAGCUGUAGAGAAUCCAGAUCUUUUCCACUAUGCUCUCUUUUCUGACAAUGUGUUGGUUGCAUCAGUUGUUGUUCGUUCCACAGUCAUGAACGCACAGGAUCCUUCACAGCAUGCUUUUCACCUCGUGAUCGAUACACUCAAUUUUAGAGCAAUGAGUAUGUGGUUUCGUUUAAACCAUCCUAAAGACGUGACCAUCCAAGCGCAAAGUUUCAGGGGUUUUUCUCGGCCAGACUCAUCUUACUCUCCACUUUUGAGACAGCUCGAGUCAGCAGCUACAAAAAAGUUAUAUUUUAAGAACGAGUUAGAGACGUCUGAGUCUCUUGAAUCAUGCUCAGACUCAGAAAACCCCAAGUACUGGAACCCUGAAUAUAUCUCAAUCCUUGACCGCUUAAGAUCUUUUCUCCUGAAUAUUUUCCCAAAGUUGACCAAAGUGUUGCUUCCCCAAGAUCAUUUCACUUCCUUGUGGUCCAUAAAUCUUGAAGAAAUGAUGAAUAGUGAAGAAGUGAUGUGCGGUGGCAGCUUCAAUCACUUAGCAACUUACUUGACCUUCAGGGAUCUUUACAUUUCUGAGAGUUUUAGGAAUACCUUCAUCUUAAAGGGUAUUUCAUGGAGAGGUCUUUCUUGGAGAGAACAGGAAGCUCCGCAAAGCAUUCAUUCCCAAAUCUCACAAAAGGUCUGUGGUGUUAUCAAUACCACAACUUCCACAGUAAGAGAAGAACUGGAGAAUGAGAUUUGGGUUUCUUCUGAGGGAGAAGACGAUACACCCGAGAUAUUGGAGGACUCGAGUCACAUCAGCAUAAAAGAUGACUCUGUUUCGGAUCUUAUUAUACUAAUAUCUGCUAAGCCAUUGAAGAAGGACAUUGAAGAUUUCAUUAAGUCUUGUAUCGAUGGACUAAAAGCUGGAAACACUCCGGAGCUGUCAAAAGAAGGCACUGGUGGAGCUUAUUUCAUGAAGGGUUCAUCGGGCAAAACAGUUGGUGUCUUCAAGCCCAGUGAUGAGGAACCAAUGGCUGCAAACAACCCACGGGGCUUAGAGGUUUCAAAAAACGGAGAAGGUGCAAAGAAAGGCACAAAGGUGGGAGAAGGUGCGUUAAGGGAAGUAGCUGCUUACCUUUUGGACCAUGACGGUUUUUCUGGUGUACCUCCAACCGUGAUGGUUGAGUGUCGUCAUAUUGGUUUUCAUAAUCCCAAUGGCAAUGGGUUGAAAACGAAGCGUGGCUCUCUACAAAUGUUUGUAGAGAAUGAAGGAAGCCUUGACGAUCUUGGUCUAGAUACCUUUCCAGUAGAAGAGGUGCAAAAAAUUUCUGUGUUGGACUUGAGAUUGGCCAACGCAGAUCGCCAUGUUGGGAAUAUUCUGAGAACAAGGGACCAAGACGGAAAGAUGAUCUUUGUACCCAUAGAUCAUGGUUACACCCUACCUAGCAGCUUCGAAGACUGCACUUUCGAGUGGGUGAAUUGGCCACAAGCCAAACAACCCUACUCUGAAAAGACCCAAGAUUAUAUCAGGACACUUGAUGCAGAGUCGGAUAUUACACUGCUGAAAAGCCGUGGCUUGGAAAUUCCCCUGGAGACUGCUAGAACACUGAUAAUUUCAACCAGGUUUCUGCAGGAAGGAUCACGAAGAGGACUUACUGCUUCAGCUAUUGGAGGAAUGAUGUCCAGGGAAAUAUGGGACCAGAAGUCUCCAGUAGAGGAAAUUUUGGAGAAAGCUAAAGAAGAAGAGCUUCCAGGGAUGACCGAAUCAGAUUUUCUACAACUUGUUUUCCAGUUUAUGGACGACUAUCUCAAUGAGAUGUUGCUUGACUAAAUCAAAACUUCCAGCCGAAUCGGAUUUUCUCUUUUAGGGUUACCAAACUUUUGACUUUUGAGGUUGUUUAGUGAAUCUUUUAAUAUCAAAGAAAAAAAACUUUCAACAUUUUAUCCCUAGUUUAAAAAAAAAAAUUGUGUAGGUCUCACAAAGCGAUAAUCUAUUUUGGAUCGUU